AUGGCUGCGCGCAUAAGGAGCAAUGAACACCAUCAUGGUGUGGCUGGAAAGGACCGUUAUUCUGGAGAACAAGCGGAUACAGAUUUCGAGCAUGCCAGUCCGCCGAUGGUAUACAAGUCUCGACAUAUUUCGAUCCAUUCUCGAGUCGAAUCCUUAGGAGAAGACUUCCCGGAACGAUUCUCGAAUUUACCUCUGACAUACGGAAACGGAAGGGAGAGAUCCACAUUUUAUUUGGAGUCUGGUGGUUUUGGAGGGUAUGGAAGAGGAGGAGGAGGAGGAGAAUCCGAGAAAGAUGAAAAUGAGGAACAUAUGGACGAAGAAGACGAUGAUGAUGAAUACAGCAGAUUAUCCAGGCCACUUUCUCCAGGCCAUUCAUCUUCGCGGUCAUCGCUGGGUAUUCCGAUUUGGCACGAAACCCUCUUCAUCGGAGUCGUUAUUAUGGCUCAAUUCAUGGGUCUUGCUGGAUUAGGUCAAUCGAUCGCUCCGAUGAAAUUCAUUGCUGAGGAUUUGGGAGUUACAAACCCUGGAGAGCAGGCUUGGUUCGCUGCUGCCUUUUCACUGACUGUCGGGACUUUCAUCCUGAUUUCUGGACGUAUGGGCGAUAUUCUGGGCCACAAGAGGAUUUUUACGUUUGGAUACUUUUUUCUGGGAUCUUGGUCUGCUUUUGCGGGAUUUUCGGCGUAUAUUGGAGAUCAAAUCUUCUUUGAUAUUUGUCGGGCGUUCCAAGGGCUUGGGGCUGCGCUUCUGGCUCCGAAUGCGCUGGCUUUGCUGGGGAGAGCUUAUCCGCCGGGGAUUAAGAAGAAUAUUGUGUUCUCGUUGUUUGGAGCGAUGGCGCCUUGGGGAUUUGUGGUGGGUGCUAUUUUCGCCAGCAUGUUUGCGGAAGUUGCUUGGUGGCCUUGGGCAUUCUGGAGCUAUGGUCUUGCGGCUUGGUUGCUCUCUGCGUUCUCUAUCAUGAUCGUCCCGCAAAAAUUGGCUUACGAUGCUCAAUUCGCUGGCAAAAGCGAUCGACCAGCGUGGGACUUGCAAGGCUCUUUUUUGGGCGUCUUGUCAUUGAUCUUGAUCAACGUGGCAUUCAACAACGGACCACUUUUCGGCUGGGAUACUCCUCACGUGUAUUUCAUACUCAUUCUGGGACUCUGCGCUCUGGGUGCAUUCAUCUGGGUGGAAGCUAAGGCUGUCUCCCCGAUCUUGCCAGUAAAGGUGAUGAGCAGUACAGUGGUGUACACCAUGGUGCUCGUUGGAAUCGGUUGGGGCUCGUUUGGCAUCUGGAUUUACUACUCGUUCAGGUUCCUGGAAGAUAUUCGAGGGUUCAGUCCGUUGAGCGUUUCUGCGCAGUAUGUGCCAGCGAUGAUUUGCGGUCUCCUCGCAGCAGGAGCAACAGGCUUCAUGCUUACGCAUACUCCAGUUGCGUUCACAAUGUUCGUGUCGAUGGCGGCAUUUUUCAUAGGAGAACUGAUCACAGCCACGCAGCCAGAAAAACAGACAUACUGGGGGCAGAUGUUUGUUGCAAUCCUGAUAAUGCCUUUUGGCAUGGACAUGAGCUUCCCAGCAGCAACGGUGAUAUUGUCGAAUUCGAUGCCUCCAGAACAUCAAGGCCUAGCCGCAUCUUUAGUCAAUACCAUGGUCAACUACUCCAUCAGUAUAGCCCUUGGUAUUGCAGGCACUGUAGAAGUAGCCAACAACAGGCACGGAGCGACGCCAGAAGACAUAUUCUGGGGGAUACGAUGUGCGUGGUGGACUGGCGUAUCUCUCGCAGGCUGCGGAGUUGUGCUCGGAGCGGCAUUCUUUGGGAGAACGCUACUAAGAGAAGGUUGGAAGAUCAUGGACCACUGA